CAUUCUUUAGGUUGCCAGAACUUAACAUAUUUUGCCCGACAUUCGCUAAGAAAUUGGCAUUAAGUUACAGAAUGUCCCACGGAAGUUAAAUACGACAUAGAUGGAGCAAGGUUACAGGAAAAUACAGUUAACGACACUUUAAUGGGACCUCCUCAAGAGAGAGAUUAGAAUAAAUGAAAUUACGUUUGAGGAUGAUUCACAAGGUUACCCUACAAAAAAUGAAGGGGAGAGCAGUGGUUGUGGGUGGCAUUUUGAUUCACCUUACUCUUGGCAAUUUGUAUAGUUUUGGCAACAUGAUGACAUACAUGGUGUCAUAUAUGAAUCAGCGAGUAGAUUCAUCAGUGAACUAUACCAACUUUAUUUGGGUGAAUAGCAUCACCACUACUGCUCAAGGAUUUUUCAUGGUAUUUGGUGGCCUGCUAGAAAGCUGUAUUGGACCAAGAAUAACAUGUUUCAUAGGUUGUUCAUUGCUGAGUGCUGGUAUAAUGUUGACCCAUUAUACAAUAGAAAUGUCCCUAUUUGCUGUCAUCCUAACAUAUGGCUUGUUGUCUGGAGUUGGCAUAUCCUUGUCGUAUGUUACACCCCUUGCCUGUGGUAUGAAGUGGUACCCACAUCGCAAAGGCUUGAUCAAUGGUCUAAUUGUAGGAGGAUUUGGACUUGGUUCCUUAGGCUCUACUACAUUCCAGACUUUUUACCUUAACCCUGAGAAUUUACCUCCACAGUCUAAUGGGUUUUUCGUAGAAGAUUCAAUACUGGAUAAAGUUCCCAGCCUGUUCAUUGUUCUUGGGUGUAUCUUUAUCGUAAUGCAAUAUACAGGUUGCAUAUUGUUAAGCAAGCCUGUAGAAGACCGGUGGGCCGGAAUCCUCAGUCAUGAACCUAAUCUACAGGAAGCUGAAAACCUGCUAGCCUUUGAUGAAGGAGGUGAGAGCCCAUCUGUGGAGUCUUCUCCCACCCAUAAUCUUACAGAAUUACGGCCAAAAGAAAUUGUGCGGCACAAAACAUUUUAUGUCUUUUGGAUGACAUACCUCUUCAACACAAUUGCUAUUGGUUAUAUAAAUGCUAUGUACAAGAGCUUUGGCCAGACUUUCAUCAGAGACGAUCAUUUCUUGGCCCAGAUAGGAUCUUUUGCUGCAGUAUUUAAUUGUAUCGGACGAGUCGUUUGGGGUCGAUUGAUGGACAAGACUUCUUUCAAGAUUUCAAUGCGUAUCCUGGCGGUACUCUUGGCCUUCUUGUUUGCAACUCUUCCAUUAACGAGGCAUAUGGGAAAAGUUGGCUUCACUGGCUGGAUCUGGCUUAUUUUCUUCACAUUCUCUGGAACAUUUGUCUUGAUGCCAACAGUCACUGAAAAGGCAUUUGGUGCUAAACACUAUUCUGCAAAUUAUGGUUUGCUUUUUACUAGUCAGGUAAUAUCAGGGCCAUUGAUAGCAACUGUGAACCAGACUAUGCUACUCGCUGUUGGCUACAACGGUUGCUUCUUGACGAUAGCAGCAAUUCUCUCAUUGAGUUUUGGAAUGACUUUCUUUGUGCCUGAAGGGUUGUGAGCUGUUCUUCAGCAACAGUAUUUUUUUCAUCCUUUCUAUCAUUCAACAAUAACGACCUCAGGAGCAGAUUUUUAUGGUAAUGUGCUGCAAAUUUUAACUGUGUGAACUUCAAGGGCCAAUUACUCUGGCUCACUGUGAUUAUUUUAAGCAUUCCAAAGAGUUUGAACAAAAAAAUAUGUACUGAGAGAUAAUAAUUAAACAUGAUGAAUUAUGCUAGUAGAUGUUAUAUACUUAGGUUUUAUAUAACUGGAAGAGUUUGCAGUUAGUAUUUUUGGAAAAUAUUGGUAGCAGAUUGAUUGAACAUCAUUUCUGGUUAGUCUUCUUGUGUAUAACAUCAUUAUUCACUGCAAUUGUACAUGCUUUCCUGUCCUAGAUGUAUAGCUUAAAAUUUUUAGUUUUACUGAACAAAUAACUUUUUUUUUAUAGUAUUCCAGAUAUUUUCUGUUUGUGACUUUAUACUAGGCCUUUCCUUAAAACAUAAGAGUUGUUGGAAAAACUGUAAAUUGAUAAUAAAAAAAACUAUUAUGACCAAUAGUAUUAGGUUGAGAGUUAUGAAGGUUGUAACUGAUCCAGGUAGGAUACCGAAGAGCAUAAUACAUAUUUUUUAUUUCUUCUUGCAAUAUAUUUUAUUAAAAACUUUACAUAAUUUAGGUAGCUACUUUGACAUAAUGACAAUAUUUUUAUGUAUGUUGGCUGUUGGCUAAUUUUAAGGUAUAGAUCAAAGAGAAGUUAUAGAAUAUGAAGAGCAUUUGACACCUAAUGAAAAUUGCGUGCUGACACAGCAUUUUAAUCUUUUAUUUUAAUGGAAUCUGAAUGGCAUAAAAAUAUUUAGAUCAUUUAUGCUUUUACUGCUCAAAUACUGACAUGUGAACAAAAAUUCCAGGAUCGCAAGUGACAGUAAGUAUGGGUAAUCCUUCUUGGCAGGAUUGCAAAAGAGCAUUACUAGAUAGAAUCUCAUUUUGUUUUAUUAUUUCUUAAUUAGUAUACUUUUGAGAUGAAAUCUCAUAGUGAAUUACAGUUUUCUAAUUACUUUUCAGAGAUGAAAUCUCAUUUUGAAUGAUUGUUUCUUGAGAUGAAAUCUCAGUCGAAUGGUGAUCUGGUUUUAUUUUAAGGUUGGAACUUAAUUUUACAUACUUAUCUCUGGUGCUCUGAAUAUAGCGCACAGUUAUUCCUUAUCCUCUCCGUUAUUCUUUUCUGUGCCUUUCCUUCUCUUUGUCUUCAAUAGCACACUGUAAAAUAUGUGUAUUUAUAUUUAAGCACACAAUUAAAAUUACCAGUUUUUCUUUUUCUCUUUCUUGUAAGUUUUUCUGAUUCUGAUUCUGUAUCUUUAGUUUUAGAGUUUGUUUUAGAAUAAACAGUAUAACAAUUUGUAGUUGUU